AGAGGGAGGGCGACAGGGCGGCUCUCUCUUUGGGUGGUUCUCGCAGCUCAGCCGAAUUUCCUGUUGCGCUCCACCUGCUUGUCAAGAUGGUGACCCCUCUCAUCAAGCGCGAUGUCAUCAAGAAGCGCGUCAAGAAGUUUAAGCGCAUGCAGUCUGACCGCAAGAUUUGCGUGAAGACAAACUGGAGGAGGCCUAAGGGUAUUGACUCUAGGGUUCGCCGCAAGUUUAAGGGCACUACUUUGAUGCCCAACAUCGGUUACGGCUCAAACAAGAAGACCAGGCAUGUGCUGCCAAGUGGAUUCGUUAAGUUUUUGGUUCACAACGUGAAGGACGUCGAGCUUCUGCUGAUGCACAACAGGAAGUACAGUGCUGAAAUUGCACACAACGUUUCCACUCUGAAAAGGAAGGCCAUCGUGGAGCGUGCAGCCCAGCUGAACAUUGCACUGACCAAUGGAAGCGCCCGCCUCCGCAGCCAAGAAGACGAGUAGGAUUUAUGAAUUGGUGCAUUUUUCGUGUAUCUUUCUUUGUGUAGUGGACUUAUGGGAAUUUUUCACCUACUCUCUUUCAAUGAAGAAGCUAUAUUCGUGACAAC